UGGUCGGUGGCGAAAUUUCGCUUCAGGUGGAAAUUAAAACGAUGUUGUGAGGGCUGCUGGUGGUUUGUUUUUUCUUCGGGUAACUCGCGAUGAUGUCUUGAGGUGGAAUUGACUCGACAUGUUCGGCAAAAGUUUCCUGUCUCUGUUGAAUAUUUGGCUGGGGGGAGCCGUGUUUCCAGGCGUGGAUAUUCCGGGUAUACAUCUCUCGCUGCCGUUGGUCCAUGUGGCUUUGAGCGGGGAUUUGCAGGUGCAAAUAAUCGCAUCGGCUUUUCCACCGUUGCUUAUGCAACUCUCCAGGCUGGAAGGAAACGUCGUGAAACCUCUCACCACCUUUCCCAUUUACCCCAAAGCCAGCGGAAUAUCCAGUAAUGUCACAGCGAAGAUACCGUGCGGAUACUUCUCCAGGGAAGGAUUGUACUAUAUCGUCGUCAAAAAGCAACCUAUAGGAUGGAAAAAUUCCACCUAUUAUGAUCCCGAGGAAGAUUCAUUGACGAGCCGCAGUUUGGACGUGCGAUGGCCCGAAGCGAAAUUGUCCAUAAGCACGGAGAAUUUAGAGACAUAUCCAGAUCAUCCGGUGGAGGUGACGUUGGAGUAUCCGGAGGUAAAGUGCCUUCCGGAGGAGGAAAACGACGCCGAAAGUUCCAUACCGGAGUUUUCUUUGGCUUUGUACUUUUGCGGGGACUCUGUUGCCACUUGUAAAACCUAUUCAGACCAAAAUUUAACUCAGAUGGUGUAUUCCGAAAAAAUCCGCGGUUUUCCAAACAUCCGCAUGUUCACACUGAACUGCCAUUUAUUCGGAUUAGCCGGCUACUACGCCGUGUUUUUGAAACCCGCCAGUUCCUCGAUAGAUCUUUCUUACACGCCGGCUUAUAUCAAGGCUAAUUGGAGCGACCAAUUCGUCUUCAACGUCCACGCCACCAGCAUAUUCCCCUGCGACGUCCACAGCGGCGGUAUACCGGUACUGUUCGAGUACCCGUCGUGCAUCAGAGAUGUGGGCGAUAAGAUAAGGCUCUACGCGAAGUUGAGGGCCAACGUGGCCAGUCUGGAUCCACCCACGACUUUGGAGUACGUUGCCGAGCAGAGAGUGGUGAGAGGACAGCACAGCGUCUACUUCGAAUGCGAUUUGUUCACGGAACGGUACGUGGAGUACUGCUUCGUGUACGUCAGUCAAGCGAUUACUGGUACAAUGACGAACAUCAGGAUGGACUGCGUGCCGACUUUGCCGGUUACUGAUCAAGAGAGCGGCGGUUGGGGACCUUGGAGUCAGUGGACACCGUGUACGAGUACUUGCUUCGGUGGGGUUAGAAGUCGUUAUCGCUUCUGCGAUUCACCUCCACCUAGAUACGGAGCGAAAUUUUGCGAGGGUCCAGCGAUCGAGUCUGAGAAAUGCGGAAAAGAGUUCACCACCAGCUGGAACUGCUUCUACGGCGAGAGCUUGAGUUUAAUCAAAGACAUGGUCGCCGAACUGCCGGAUGUUCGAGCAGAGGUGGGUUCUUACUGCAGGUGCGGGUGCGUGGUGCACGUGGGAGCGGCAAAACCGAGCAGAUUGCUGGCGACUUCGUCCCAAAGCUGCCCGGGCAGGAAUUUCUGGCUGAUUCAAGCCGAUGCUGACUCGUUGAUUGAAUUUCGGGUGCUGCAGUUUCGUCUGGAGUGUCGUACGCAGUCACUUAAAAUACGAGACGGGAAUGCUUUGUCUUCUAAUUUGUUGGCGCUUUUAUCCAGCACGUCUGAUGCUGUUUCUCUGUCAAUAAACUCUACUGGUCCGAAUAUGCUGCUCGAAUUCUUUUCAAUGAACAUCGAGGAUGCAACGACGAUAUGCGGAGGAGGUUUCUUAGCACAGGCUCGACAAAUUAAAGUAUCUAGUGUGAACGUUACAGCUGUACCAAUUGCCCAUAACAUGGGAAUAAUUCCUAUAGUAAUUUUAAAAUUAACUGCCGUUCAUAUCGCAGCAAUAUUUUUUCUUAGCGGUUUACUACUAGCUACCAUCAUACUUGGUAUUCAAUACAUAUUCCGAUACAGGAAAUACCAAAUCGCCGAUGGCGAUGAUCGAGAUUCGCUCUCCAAUGGUUCCGGUGUUAAUAUUCCUUUAGCCAAUCGGGUAUCUUCUAGCGUCACUUUGCUAUCAGAAGUGAUAUCUCUCACCAAAUUCCGACCUCAUUUGAUAAAGAGAAACAAACACGAACGUCUACGAGAAUCGGUGGAUUGCGAUACUCUUAAAGCCGAGGAAGCCACUUUAGCGAAAGAAGAGUCAUCUAGCAUUUGCAGUACGACGACGAUUACGCAAGACGAGAUCCGAUCGGUUUCCAAAACGAACGAAAAAUCCGAAGACGUCGAUACUUCUAACAGCACUUUGAGAAGAUCUCUGACCGACGAUAGCGACAAGGACAAAACCGAUGAAAAAAGCACGUGUACAACACCCGUUGAUGCAUCGCCGGAUUCGAGAAGACCCAGCUUGAUCAGCAACGCCACGCUGACCAAUGUGAGCUUGUUAACAAAAAUUCACUCUACAAGUGAUCCGGGUUGUUAUUCGUCCGGGAAUUCCAUGGUAAAUCAAGCGACUAUCAAAAGCACGUCUGUAAAGGAGACGAAAGAGAAGAAAAACCGCGAGAAACUCCUCGCCGGACCUACUGGAUCCGAUUUUUCCAUAUCAGUACACGACAGCGAUUUGGAAAUGGAUUAUUACGACUACAACGUUGUAAACGCAGGAGCUGCUCCGGGCUCAUACUUAGGCAUGGAUCCGGCUUUUCUGGUGUGGAUUCCACCGUUAGACGACGACGGAGAAAUUUUAUCCAGCUACGAACACAGCGAGUACCACGAAAUGGCGACGGUGAGGGAGUACGCGGAUCCGGGCAGCAACCAGGAAUCGCCGGAGGUGGAGGUGUUGCUUCCGACUUCGCGGAAACCCAAAGGGAAAUCGUUGGAUGCCAACGAAAUCGACAACAAGUACAUAUCGGAGAAGCAGCCGUUGGUGCAUAAGAGAAUCGACGAUUCGGAUCUGGACGGUUUGGCGAAGAAGCUGCGGGAAUCGCGGAAGUACAUCAGAGAGGAUAUGGAGAAGGAGACCGAAGUGGAGAAGUGCUUGGACUUGGGCAACGUCGAUAACAUUAAAUUCGUCGAUGACGAGGACGCGGCCGAUUUUUCCGGUAAUCAGUGCAAUACGGAUUUGGCAUAUCACGAUUCGAAUGCGAAAUCUUCUAGUUAAGACUGAGUUAGAAACAAGGGCAUUUAUAAUAGAUACUACAAAAAUAUUUAUAUACUAGUUAUUGUUUUGUAGGAAUCACGACGCGAUGAAGAUAUUAUAACUUAUUUACUAGGAAAAUACAACUCUUCCAUAUUGUUAAAUUGUUUAGAAAUCGUAUUAUUUGGUUUUAUACAUACUUAUUGACUAUUUGUAGUAAAUGGGUUUAAAAAAUAAUAGGAUUUCUGAAAAUGAGAUUGGAAAAUUUGCGACGUAUGUGUCUUGAGAAAUAACACUUCCAUGAGUAAAACAACGUUCAGGGGAAAGGUUUUAUAUCAUUGAUGGUAUCAUUGUAGUGUUUAUUUUCUGAGAAGUAGUAGAAAAGAAAUAUAUAAUUAUUCUCUAACGAUUUACACGGAAUAUAUGAUUGAAAUUUACAUGAUAUAUUUUGAGGGUAUAUUUGCACGCACUGAAUUCGCCUUUUAGUAGCAAAUUGUAGGUAAAAAGUUUAUUUAUAAGAAAGCUAUUUUAGCGCAAUUAUUGAGAUGCGAUAAUUCAUAUAGCAAUCAACAAUUGCACUAAAAAUAGCUGGUAAAAAAGUGCAAUGAUCUUACCUACGGCCUUGUUUCCUUAUUUAAUUUCAUUUAAAUUAUAUGUACGUUUAAUAAUAUGUGUAUCACAUAAAUAUUAUAUUUCAUAGAGUACUUUUUACGAGUAAAAUAUUGAUUAAUUUAG